AUGGCGGCCAGAACAGAUGGCGAGAAUACCUCUCGCGCGAAAAGACUAAAGACGACAGCGGAAAUGGAUCCUCGAUCAAACCCUUACCUGGCGCACAUGUACGAAGAUGAGCAUACAUCGACAAAUGGAUUCGGAGAUACGUCGCCUCUUUCAGGCUUCAAGAGACACGAAACGACAGCUGAGAUGGCAAACGAGGUUGAAAGUGCAAGUGUAAAUCCAUUCACAGGCAGACCAUUCUCAAGCCGAUAUGUAUCGAUUCUGAAGACUCGUCGCGAUCUUCCAGUUCAUGCACAGAGGAAUGAGUUCUUACGUCUCUACCAAGAAUCGCAAAUUCUCGUCUUCGUUGGUGAAACUGGUUCCGGAAAGACUACCCAGAUUCCUCAGUUCGUGCUCUACGAUGACCUCCCCCAAUUUCGCGGAAAGCUGGUUGCCUGUACCCAGCCACGACGUGUUGCUGCCAUGUCAGUCGCCGAGCGAGUCGCCAACGAAAUGGACGUUAAACUCGGAGAGGAAGUUGGUUAUAGCAUUCGAUUCGAAGACAAGACAAGUUCCAAAACCAUACUGAAAUAUAUGACGGAUGGUAUGCUGCUACGAGAAGCUAUGCACGAUCACGAUCUUAAGCGAUAUAGUACCAUCAUACUCGACGAGGCUCACGAGCGGACAAUGGCAACUGAUGUCCUCAUGGGUCUUUUAAAGGAGGUCGUUCUGCGCCGGCCAGAUAUGAAACUCAUCAUUAUGUCGGCCACUUUGGAUGCUCAAAAGUUCCAACGCUACUUUUCCGAUGCGCCAUUGUUAGCGGUCCCGGGAAGAACUCACCCCGUCGAAAUAUUUUAUACCCCGGAGCCAGAACAAGAUUAUGUUGAAGCAGCAAUUCGCACAGUUCUACAAAUCCAUGCGACGGAACCAGAGGGCGAUAUACUGCUCUUCUUAACGGGAGAAGAAGAGAUUGAAGAUGCUGUACGCAAGAUUUCUCUCGAAGUAGACGAGAUGAUCCGUGAAGUAGAUGCUGGGCCGAUGAAAGUGUAUCCUCUAUACGGUUCUCUACCUCCAGCAAUGCAGCAACGCAUAUUCGAACCUGCACCACCACCGCGAAAGCCAAAGGGACGACCUGGAAGGAAGUGCAUUAUAUCCACGAACAUUGCCGAGACCUCGCUUACCAUCGACGGUAUCGUGUACGUGGUAGACCCUGGAUUCUCGAAGCAGAAGGUAUAUAACCCGCGCAUUCGUGUUGAGUCUCUUCUUGUGUCUCCUAUUUCAAAAGCAUCAGCCCAGCAGCGUGCUGGUCGUGCUGGUCGUACAAGACCUGGAAAGUGCUUCCGUCUAUAUACCGAAGGCGCAUUCAAAAAGGAGCUUAUCGAACAAACACACCCAGAAGUCCUUCGCUCAAAUUUAUCCUCUACCGUCUUGGACUUGAAAAAACUCGGUAUCGAGGACUUGGUUCACUUUGAUCUUAUGGACCCUCCGGCUCCCGAGACGUUGAUGCGCGCGCUGGAAGAGCUGAACUACUUAGCAUGCUUGGAUGAUAAUGGAGAUCUUACUGAGCUAGGCCGAUUGGCGUCAGAAUUCCCCUUGGAUCCCGCCCUAGCUGUGAUGCUGAUAAGCUCACCAGAGUUUUACUGCUCCAAUGAGAUCCUCUCAAUAACCUCCUUACUUUCGGUCUCUCAGAUUUUCGUUCGCCCGGUAGCACAGCGAAAACGUGCUGAUGAAAUGAAGGCUCUCUUCGCUCACCCAGAUGGCGACCAUCUCACGCUCCUUAACGCAUAUCAUGCAUUCAAGGGCCCAGAAGCACAGGCUGACCCCCGACAAUGGUGUCAUGAUCAUUUCCUUUCCCUCCGAGCCCUACAGUCCGCCGACAAUGUACGACUACAACUUCAACGUAUAAUGGAACGAGAAGAGAUUGAAUUGGUAUCCACUCCAUUUGAAGAUAAGAAAUAUUACGAAAAUAUUCGUCGUGCAUUGGUUGCUGGAUUUUUCAUGCAAGUUGCCAAGAAGGAGAGUCAAGGCAAGAGCUUGUACCGCACAGUUAAGGAUAACAAUGAGCCAGUUUUGUUACAUCCUAGCACCGUCUUAGGAUACGAAGCGGAAUGGGUCUUGUAUAAUGAGUUUGUUUUGACAACGAAGAGCUUCAUUAGAACGGUUACGGCGGUUAAGGGAGAAUGGUUGCUGGAUAUAUCUCCUGCAUACUAUGACAUAUCCAGUUUCCCAAAAGGAGAGAUUCGGUCUGCGUUGAUUCGGGCUGGAGAAAGACUUUCUCGUAAGGAGAAAAUGAGAUCUGAUGUCAGCAAGAAACGAUAA